CGCUCCAAAGAGGCAAAUACCCUACUAUUGCCGUCUUUUCCCCCUUAACGUUGCAGCAAAAUUCCGGUGAACGCUCCUUGAAACCCCCAUCGGCGUCUGUGUCUGACCAUCCAGAAUUAAUUCUCUCCAUCCAUCCCGCUCCUGUCAUUCGUCCCGCUCCGUGACUCUUCCAUCGCCGGGUUUUUCACAAAUCAUCCCAGAAAAUCUCCCGUUGCCUCGUACCGUCUGUCUCGCAUGACAGGUUGGCCGCUUGAAUUCAUCCGUACUUCCACUGCAACUGGCCAGUGAACCUCGCGCCAUUGGUCGUAACAGGAGCAAUAUUCCCUGUACCUGUAUGUUUCCUUUGUUUGGUCCAUUUUGUUUUGGGAUUUUGGCUUUUGGCUUUUGCGGAACGAGAAUUCUACUAACCUUUUUCUUCCCUCUGUUUUCCCUUUCCUGAUGGGCAUGCAAUUCUAUUGCUAGCUGAUUCCCGCCAUCGAUUCUGCCCUACAGUGGUCUACUGUUGUUCUAUGAUUUUUGACGGGAUCUAAUUUACGAAUUGUUCUCUCGGCAACAGAAUUUUGAAGAAUGAUUUUUUCUUGACUUAUUUGUUAGCUCUCGCAGUGGGCUUUAUCUUGGGUGUUGAACGAUUGCAGUAAUGCCGCCAAAGCGUUGCCAUGGUAAUACUUCCUCUAGCCAAAAUAAUGCCAUCCAUAUUUUUCUAAUGGUACCACUCGAUGUAAAGGAAGCAUGGGUUCUACUGUGAUUCUGAGGAAGAGAUUCUUGGGAUUAUGAUGCUGCAAACUGAAGGCUUAUUCCUUCCUAGGGGUUAUCAAGACUCAAGUAAUGCCUUCACUUUUGCUUCAUGCAUGGUUUUAUGUUCCCUCCGUGAUUAUCUUACUUUGAUCCACUGAACUUUAAUCUACGUUGGGUCUCCAUUUACUGAGCUGAAAAGGAGAUGAAUAAAUGUAGUGUGUCUAUAAGGUAGAGAGAAACAUGCUGGUGCUUAUUAGAAUGACGCAUGCUUUUGAUUUUACAAGUUUAGAGAUAAUGAGUAGCUGCUUAGUUUCCGUAGAGUGAUUUGUAAGAUGGGUACUUCUUUCUUACACCUGUAUUCUUUUUUACAGAUCUAUAUACAGUUGAUGGAAAGUGAGCUUGCAUUAAUAAAACUAGAAAUAGUACAACGAAAAUUCAACAGAAGCCAUAAAGAUAACAAGUUAUGAAAACCACCAGCAAAGGGAAACAAAGAAUAGAAAAGAGGGAGGAAACAAAUGUGCAAGCAACAACUCAUACUGCUGCAAAAAUUGCAGCACCUAGCUACAUGACAGACCCAGUACACAAGUAUUGAAUAGCAACCUCCAUGUCAAUAUCUAUUAUGUGGGAGGUCACACUUACUCAAAACCAAGACAACAUGGACUAUGAAAAUGCAACUCCUUCAAUCAAACAGACACUCAGAACAAAAGCUAUAUAUAUAGUAACAUCCCGUUUCGACUAAAAUCGUAUUACUGUCGCUAGAAAAAUUACGCGUAGGUCUGGGUGGUAACCAGCAUGCGACGGAGAUGGAGAUGGAGAUGGAAGAGGAGGUCAACACGAGCAGAGAUGCUCGCCCGUCAGCUUGGGCUGGGGGUAGUUGUGGGAGGCUGUUUGGAACAACAACUCUACGGGCAGCCUGGUAUGUGGCCGAGUCGGACACGGAGGAUAUUCUCCAAGUGGAAAAGGAAGAGGACGAUGUGUGUGAUGAGAAAGAGAACAACCCUAACUGACCGACCAUCCUUUUCACGGCAGCAGAAAAAUUCGUUGGAGGCGGGAGUGGAGAUCUGCGCUGGUAGUAAAGGGUCUGGGCAGGCGGGUAGCGUACCUUCCCCUGUCUCGUAGGCUGAAUAGCUUAUGGGGGAAGCAUUGUGAGCUUUAAAUCUCGGACAUGAAAAAUGGGUGCUUCUUGGUGCGAUUCCCACACCAAGAUGACUAUGAGCUUGCGAUGAACGGGGGUCCAUGGCUCCUAGGCGAAACAUACCUCACGGUCACACGUUGGUACAAAGGUUUUAACCCCUGGAGGUCGGAGAUAACUUCAGGGAUGGUCUGGGCGCAGCUCUCAAACCUUCCUAUUGAGUUCAUUACAAAGAAGCGGUCAUGAAGAUCGCAUCAUAUAUUGGGAAGCCGAUUCGGGUGGACAGGGCGACUGAAUUUGGAGAACGUGGGAAAUAUGCCCGGGUUUGUGUCGAGGUGGACUUUACUAAGCCCCUACUGUCCCAAUUCAAGAUCGAAGGGGAAGAAUACCUCGUCCAAUAUGAAGGCUUGAAAAAUCUGUGUACUGACUGCGGGAGAUAUGGCAAACCCACCGAACAGUGUGACUGCAAGGACAUGAAUAAUGAGGAAACCCAGGCUACGCCAGACACUGUGCCUGAAACUCAACCGGCAUCGCGGACGAAGGGUUAUGUGUAUGGGGAGUGGAUGAUCGUUUAGCGUCGAGAACGACGAGUGUACAAGCCCAUUACCCCAAUAAACAACCACAAAUUCCCGGUGAAACAGAGAGAGAGUGAUCAAGGGGAUAGGAACAAGUUCUCGGUACUACAAGAGGAAGUUACUAUGGGGGAGAAUGCAGCACCCAAGGAGACCACCAAAGUGAUGGGGGCGAGUGUCUCGACAGGGGGAGGUGGGCCGCUGAAUCUACAGAAGAACAAGGGGGCAAGUGAGGGGAGUACAUGGGGCAAAAGUAAGAUGCAGGAAGACGCACAUAAGGUGAAAGAAGGGGCUAAUAUGAAAGGUGGGCAAGGCCAGGGAGUAAAGCAAUUGCAAACAG